AUGGCGUCGGCGCUGCACAACCAGCAGAAGCACAAGAAGGAGAUCCGGAACAUCAGUCCCAGCGGCAGUAAGAAGCUCCAGACGCUGACCCGCGACGGCGACGAGAAGCGCGCGCGGCGCUCGGCCAUUGAGAAGAAGUCCCGUCAGCGACGGCAACAGGUGCUCAAGACAAUGCGGGACGAGGUCCAGCAGCUCGAGACGCUGUAUCGGGCAAUGCUCACGAACAAGACGACGCCGCCAUUGAGCAGGCAGUGUCCCUACGUGCGCGACGACAGUCGAGGCACGAGUGCUAUUUAUAUGGACGAGCUCGAAAAAAAGUACUCGGCGCUGUCAAUGGUUGCGCAUGCACUGGAGGGGGAUCAGGAAAUGCUGCUGCAGUUGCUGCAACAGCAUCAAGAUUUUUACGCCACGGUCGAGACGGACCUGGCUGAUGGCCAACGAGACGGCGACCACGAGGUGCUGGAGGUGUGGGACACGGGCAUCCCGCCCAGUUCGUCGUUUCAGGCCAAGUUUACGAAACUCACCAUGGCGGAAUGCUACGCCCUCGUGCGGGAAUCGUACGAGACGAUCCAGCGGUUCCAGAAAACCGAGCACUUCAAGUCCACGGGGGCGAACUUUAUGGGCUGGACCGAUAAGCGAAAGUAUGACGAGAGCUCGGGGACACUGCAGUACGGGUUCACGAAACAGUUCCCGCUGGAGGAUGCCGAGGAUCUGCUCAUGAAGACGUGGGGUAUCUUUACCAAUGCCCAAAAGUUCAAAGACCUGUCGUUUGACCGCUCGGUUCGAUUUCGGUACCAAGUGCUGCAGCGAAUGAACGACGACUUGGUCAUUAUUCGAGGAGAUCAUCGGAUGCCGAAUAUUGACGCGACGUUUGCGUCGGUGCAGAUCCUAUUCCGCAUGCAGACGCCGAUUGGCUUUACACUAUGCAUGCGCGCGAUUCCGUCUCCUGAGAUCCUACGAGCGCAGGACUCGCACGAGCACUUCUACAGUGCCUUUCACUGGACGCAUUUUAAUCAUAUGUACGACGAGUCCGGCAAUCGGGCAGGCUGCGAGUUGAUGUCUGCUGGUACCAUCCCCGAUCAAAGCCAGCUCAAAUCCACCUACUGGCUUUUCGAGCUCGUGUGCUCGGCUCUGCGCUGGGAAAAUGCUUGUGUUGCGCCUUUGUUUUUGAAACAGAUGUGA